CGUGAGGGGGCGUGGCUAAAGGCUCCGGGGACCCGCCGAUUGGCUGGAAGACGCGGGAGCCGGGCUGCCCGGCAUGUCCGGAGGAGGGCGGCGCCGUUGGCUCGGUCCGGGGGCUGGCGGUGACCGGCUUCUUGUGAAGCCGCAAUGGCAGCUCAAGCCGGUCAGCGGACCCUGAGAAAGGUUGUGUCGGGGUGUUCUCUGAAGUCGGCAGCAGUGACCGGAGUACUAGCCACGGCACAGAGACCUGCGCGAAAUGUCAGAUACUUAGCUUCCUGUUGUAUACUGAUGAGCAGAACUUUUCCUCUACAUACCUCAAUUUUGCCAAAGGAUAUAUAUGCAAGAAAUUUCUUCAGAAUUGCUGCACCACUAAUAAACAAAAGAAAAGAAUAUUCAGAGAGGAGGAUUAUUGGAUACUCUAUGCAGGAAAUGUAUGAUGUAGUAUCAGGAAUGGAAGAUUACAAGCAUUUCGUACCUUGGUGUAAAAAAUCAGAUAUAAUAUCAAAGAGACCUGGAUACUGCAAAACACAAUUAGAAAUUGGAUUUCCACCUGUAUUGGAGCGCUAUACAUCUGUAGUGACCUUGGUGAAACCACAUUUGGUAAAGGCAUCUUGUACUGAUGGGAGACUUUUCAAUCACUUGGAGACAGUUUGGCGUUUCAGUCCAGGUCUUCCCAGUUACCCGAGAACUUGUACCUUGGAUUUUUCAAUUUCUUUCGAAUUUCGCUCCCUUCUACACUCUCAGCUUUCCACGUUGUUUUUUGAUGAAGUUGUAAAGAAAAUGGUGGCUGCCUUUGAAAGAAGAGCUUGUAAGCUAUAUGGUCCAGAAACAAAUAUACCUCGGGAAUUAAUGCUUCACGAAGUUCAUCACACAUAAAGGGAAGAAGAAACUGGUCAACUGCUUGAAACCUUGUCUGUUUACUUUAAGAAAAUGUUUUAUUUGCUUUAGAAAUCAAAAGCAUUUAAGUCUAACUCUUAUUUAUUAACUGUUGAUAAUUUGCUCUUGAAAUAAUGAAACCUUAUAUACAUAAAACUCAGUUAAGAAUAAUUUAGAGUAAUACAUUAGCAGUGAUAUAUCUACAGUGACAGUGUCAUUAGUAUUGCUCAAAACUGAUAUCACUCUUCUGAGGAGAGUUGAAACUGUAAAUUUAUACUUUUUAAUAAUCACCUUUCCUGAAAUAGGUCAGUUAAAAUACAGUAUGUAUAUUAACCACAUCAUGUUUAAGUUAUUAAAUUCACACUUUUUAACUUAUUGCUUUAGCACCUUCCUCAUGGCUUAGGAUAUUUGAUUAACCAUCAGAUAUUUAAAAUAAGAAUUUUGACUUUAAAAUAUUGUUGGUACAUUCUUCAGCUUGAAGAUUUGCCCCACAUUUCACCUUCCUGAGAUGUUUACUUUCAGCCUUUUUCCCUCAUGUUCCCUAAUACCUCUCUCUCCCUCUCUCCCUCCCAUCCCCCUCUCUCUCCCCCUCUCCCUCCCAUCCCCCCCUCUCUCUUUCUCUCCCUCUCUCUCCCAUCCCCCUCUUCUCCUCUCCCCCUCUCUCUCCCACACACACACCAUACAUAAAUUUAACUUCUUGAAAUAACUAUUUUGCUUUCCCAAAAAUAAAAUAUUGAGCAGGGGUGUAGCUCAGCAGUAGAGCUCUUUUCUUACAUGGGUGAAGCCUUGGAUUUAGUCCCUGGCACCACAAAAUCUAGGUUAAUAUUAGUAAGUGUUAUGAUUAGUAACAUUAAUGGAAUUAUUAAAAUUAACAUUUAUGGUAAUAAAAUUUCCCUGAAAUUUACUAAUUUUUGAGUUGUUCUUAAUAGUAGUAAUUUAAUAUUAUAGUGAGGUUAGUUUCCAGAUAGUGAAUUUUUUUUGUGACUGGUCCAGAACUUGAAGCUACUUUUCUUGUGUAGAAAAGGUUAGCAACCUUUUCUAGGUACUUUGCUCUUUCAGCAAUUUUGAUGACAUGUCUAAUUUUGUCUACAGUAGUGGGCAGCAGAUAAAGAUGAUGAUAAAGCCUCCAGCAUCUUUCAUCCCUGUUUUCUAUUUAUUUUGUAUACUUUCAAUAAUGUAUUUUAAACUGAUAUUUUUGUAAACAAAUCAACCUAAAGACUUAAAUGGUAACUUAAUAAAGUUAAUUUAUUUUUGUACAGUUA